ACUUCCGGCUUAAGACCCGGAAGUGAUCGUGGAGCAGAAGGCGGAUCCCCGUUCCUCUCUCCGCCAACUUCUUCGGAUCGAGCUGUUUGUCUUUUGUGCGGCUCGUGUUAAGGUUAAGGUUUGGUAAAAAGUGGCACACUCGAGUCUCUCGUCACAGUACCAGAGGUUCCCUGCUCGGCUUGCCCGUUAGCUUGUUAGCUCAGAGCUGUUUCCGGUAGGCUAGCUGUUAGCCCGUUAGCUCGUUAGCCCUUUAGCUUACAGAACUAAGAGAUAAGAUGUCGGACACGGAUCUGACGUGGGCGCUGAAGAACGGGGACCUGGACGCGGCGAAGAGCCUCCUUAAGGCGGAGGAUGUGAACCGGACCCUGGAGGGGGGCAGGAAGCCGCUACACUACGCUGCAGACUGCGGCCAUGCAGAGAUCCUGGAGUACCUCCUCUCUCAGGGGGCCGAUGUCAACGCCCCGGACAAACAUGGACUGACCCCGCUGCUGUCGGCCAUCUACGAGGGGCACCUGUCCUGUGUCAGGAUCCUCCUAGAAAAGGGUGCCGACAAAGAGCGGAAAGGUCCGGAUGGGCUGAGCGCCCUGGAGGCGGCCGAGACGGAUGCCAUCAAGGCCCUGCUGAAGUGAGGGGGCGGAGAGAGGGGGGGGAGAGAAGGCUGCAGGACGGGGGGUCAGAGGGGGAGAGACAGACGGACAGAGGGGGGGAGUGUUUGUCGAGGACUAAAGAUGAGCAGGCCUCCCCUCUAGUGCUAGUGCGAGACCCCCUCAGUCUGCAGGCCGCCGUCAGUCGGAGUGGGGGAGGGGGGGGGGGGGGGGGGGGGUCGAUGGGGGGGGUCGCCUGUUGUUUUCGGGGUGUUUGUUUUUUUCUUUUUUUCUAACGGUUUGGUUUUUUCUCCCCUUAUUGCUUGAGUUGUUGAGUGACAGGCAGCAGAUUGAGUUGUUGAGUGACAGGCAGCAGCUUGAGUUGUGGAGUGACAGGUAGCAGGUGGACGUAGGGUCCUGAAACACUGAGGGGUGGCUCCGCCCCCCUCCUUAACAGAUUUCAAAAUAAGUGUUCUUUCAAACAUGCAAAUAACGCCAAGCUUCGCACUUAAAACUCACCGCUUUUAUUUUUUAUCUUACGAUGCUCUUCCACCGUUAACAGAACACAAUGGGCAGGGUUAACCAGGGUUAGCUAGUUCUCUAGUGGGUCACUCCUGUUUGUACUACUCUGCAUAAAGAAGGUAUCGUACGGCCGCUCAUCCACAGCGAUUCGCACUGUACUACAGUACUGUAUUAAAGCACUGUACUACAGUACUCUAUUACAGCACUGUACUACAGUACUCUAUUACAGCACUGUACUAGACUACUACAGCACUGUACUACAGUACUGUAUUAAAGCACUGUACUACAGUACUCUAUUACAGCACUGUACUAGACUGUACUACAGCACUGUACUACAGUACUGUAUUAAAGCACUGUACUACAGUACUCCAUUACAGCACUGUACUACAGUACUCUAUUACAGCACUGUACUAGACUGUACUACAGCACUGUACUACAGUACUGUAUUAAAGCACUGUACUACAGUACUCUAUUACAGCACUGUACUAGACUGUACUACAGCACUCUAAUACAGUACAGUACUAGACUGUACUAGAGCGGUUCAGUUACUAUACAAUAAGACAUCAUGAAUUGCCGGGUCUUCCUCUGUCUAAUAACUUAUUCCGAUUUUAGUUUUGUGUGUUUUCUGCAGAAAGGGAAGCAUCAUUUGUGUACCCUCCCUGAUUGGCCCUUGAGUGAUUACAUAUCAAUACACGAAUUCAUGACUUACAUGGCCAGUGUAAAAAGAUGCAGCCCAUUCUAUUUCGUCAAAUCAUCAUGCUGGCUCUCUAGAAAGAGUAAAUAAACACAGAUUGGUUACUGAACCCAGAUUGGAUUUUAAAACGGCAUUAAAGGAGCCCAAUCAAUCCAAACCGAGCCCUCUGGGGAAGUCGGUCCUGAAGGCUGAGGCCCAUCUGUGGUGGAGAGGAGAGGGGAGACCGCGGGAGAGCUAAAGGGUCGCUGCUGGGCGACCGCCGGAGAGGUCGAGGGUCGCUGCUAGGCGAGGACGAGGAGCAGGACUGAGGUGUCACGCUCAUCCGUUUUCUAAAUCAGCAGCCCGGGCGGGGAUAAGAGAACUGCCUCUGCUAUUAUUCUUAUUCUUAUUAUGCUCUGAAAUGGUGGCUGUCCUCUCGGUUGCUUUCCAAUAUUACUACAUUGCAAUGGAACAAAAUGCUCUUGCUAACUUUGUUGUGACAAAAAGUCUGUAUGAACUGAAAUAAAAACAAAAUCCAUACUAUUGA